AUGCUCGACAUCCACCGCCCCUCCUCCGCCCCCGACACAAAAAUCUUCUUCUCUCACAGCCUCCUCCCCAGCUACAUCGACCCUUCCAAUGUCUCGACAAAAAAGAAACCCUUCUCCGCCUUCUCUGCGCAAAAAUACAGCCACACGCUCUCCCUCAUCCUACCCUCAGAAAUCUACUCCCUCAUAAGCCACGAACUCCACCGCGCCGACAGCCCCGCCCUCACCCAAUACGCCCACGUCCACAUGUCACUCUCCGACAUCCUCGAAGCCGACUUCCUUACCACGUAUAUCAAGUCCGGCAACAUCAUGAUGCUGAGCGAAGGGCGACCGUUAUUGGACGAUCGAUUCGAAUUGUACAACGGUGUGUUGCGUAUGGAGCUUACGCGCCCGUCGUACGAGCGCUGCGGGUUACAGGGCGUACCCGUUGAAGACGGGGGCAGGAAACACCAGAAACAGCUGUGGGUUGUGGAAUAUGAUUUACGUGGAGCCAGUAUGAGGCAUGGGAAAAAAGGGUUUGGGAGGUUGGAGUGGGCGGCGAGGAAUGUGUUGGAUAAGAGUUUGACGUGGUUGUUCUGGAAUGCGAGUCCCACGAGUAGGGAGGCGCUGGGGGAGGGGAGGGAGUUGAUACAGAAGCAUGCGCCGAGGGUGUGUGAUGUGAGGCCUGAGGAGAGGAGGUUGGGUGGGGUGCGCGUGCCUAGGGUUAGUGUUAAGGGGCUGGAGGAUGUUUAUGAUGAGGAUGAGGCGAUGGGGUUGCUGGAGUGGAUUCAUAUGCUUCAGUUGGGGUCGCCGAGGGUCGAGGCGGAAGAUGAUAUAAACCCGCAUUUGUCGCGGUAUGAAGUGCCUGAUCUGGGGAGAGGCGUUGGGGAGAGGAGUAUGGUUACGGUUAGGUGGAGGGGGUUUAUGGGACCGGCGUUUAUGCGCGAUCUUUUUCUGCUGGUGAGGAGGGAGGGGUUUAAGAGGAGAGAGAAGAAGGUUAAUGGGACGCAAGAUACGGAUGUAGAUGUGGAUAUGGAAGGCGGGGAUGGGGUGGACGGCGAAGAGGACGACUGGUUCGCAAUGAGCGCGCAGGCUUUUGGGGGUAAGAACGCGUGGACGCUGAUGCAGUUUGAAGGCCGAGAGACGCUGGUUUGGGAGAUGCAGAGUUGA